AUGCAGCCAGAGGUGGCUGAGGCAGAAGCACUGAGGCAGCAGUACGAGGGCGAGUACACGGCAUGGCAGCAGACCACCGUCAAGAAGCCACCAGCAUAUAAGUCCCGCCGCAAGCCCAAGCCCAGCUCGUCCCAGCACGACGGCAAUGCUCAGAACCCCACGGGGACUACAGGGAGUGCCGUGACCACGGAGGAAUUUCUCCGUGCUGUGGCGACUGCUCUCGUCGCUGCCAUCCCCCUGCCCUCCGCCGCCCUCCAUGCCAGCAACCCCUCUGCUGCAAACGACCCCAGCGAGAGGCAGUGCCGUGCUGGUGCUGCUGCAGGCGACUAUGCCUCUGGUGCUCGUACUUGCUCAGGGGAGGGGAGGUGGGGAGGGAUGGAGGACGAUGUCGAGGGGGAAGGGGAGGUUGAAGGAGAAGCGGAGGGGGAGGGGGAUGGGCGGUAUGAGUUGGCGUUUGUGCCUCUGAUGCACCUGCUGGGGCGGGCAGGGAGAGGAUCCGUUGCAGAUAUAGUGCUGGCGGAUGGUGAAGGGGGGGAGACGAAUGGGACGGGGACUGGGAGUGAGCAGACGGGAGGCGAUGGGGAUGGGGAUGGGGAUGGGGAUGGGGAUGGGGAUGGGGAUGGGGAUGGGGAUGGGUAUGGGGAUGGGUAUGGGGAUGGGGAUGGGUAUGGGGAUGGGGAUGGGGAUGGGGAUGGGUAUGGGGAUGGGGAUGGGGAUGGGGAUGGGUAUGGGGAUGUGGAUGCGGAAGUUGAUGCGCCGAACGUGCAGUGGGAGGUGGUGGGGGGGUUGAUCCGCGUGGUUGCGACACAGCGCAUUGCCAAUGACGCGCCUCUGCUGCUACCCCUGGAUGGCGGGCUGUCAGGGCACUUCAGAGAGGCGCAGAAAGCCAGGGAGAGGCGAGUCAAGGCGAGGAGGCAGAGGAGGAACAAAGAGAAGGAAGGGCAGACUGGAGAGCAGGCCAAGGAAGCAAAGAAGCAGCAGCAGCAGGGGGAGGAAAAAGAGGAGGAAAAGGAAGAUGCAGGGGAGGAAGGGUACUUGGAGCAGCAGUGGGCCAGGGAAGGCAACAGGUGGCAGGGAGCUGGAAAUGGAAAGCAGCAGCUGCAGAAGAGUGCUUUGUCACAGACGCAACGAGCACGGAAGCUUCCCCAGCCGUCGCUGAUCCACGCCACACCUCUCUCUAACACAGAUGCCUUCACCUACUUUGGCGUCGCCCCCAAGUCGCUCUUUCUCGACCAGUUCCCCCUCUUCGACUCCCCCGUCGCUGCCCUGCAAGCGGCUGCCACGCAAGUGCCGCCCGAUUUUGACCCCGAUGCAAUCGAAUCCCAGCUCAAGAUUGCGGAGAUCGGCGCGAAGAUUCUGCGGGCGGUGCGGAGGGUGAAGAGGAGGGUGGUAAAGGCGGUGGUGUGGGGGAGCAGGGAGGAGAGAGAGAGAAUGGGGGUAAGGGAGGAGAUAGUGGAGAAAGUGAGGGUGUGGGAGAUGAGGAGGGAGAUGAGGGAGAGGAUGGGACUGGAGAAGAAACCAGGGGGAGGAGGAGGAAACGAAGGGGGGAGUGGGGGAGGAGAAGAAGAGGAGGAGGGAGGGCCGGCGCUGCAUGUGUAUUCGCUGGGUCUCAUGGAUCCCGAGAUGGUGGCCUACCUCACUGCCUUCACCUACUUCUUCGCCACUAAGGAGGAGCCGCACUACAGCUUCUUUGCUCGAGUGAGCGUCGCCUAUGCAUGGAACCUCGAUGGCAAAACCACGUGCACGCACAUGCCCCUCCUCUCCUCCUCCCCCUCAUCCUCCUCAUCAUCCUCCUCCUCCAACCACUCCUCCAACCCCCUCCACAUCUCCCUCUCCAAGUUCCCCCAUCGGGACCAUCUGCUCUCCGCCCUCACGCCCGUGCUGAGGCUCGUGGCGAGCACACUUAGGGAGCUGGUGGAGGCGCACUUAGCUAAGUACCAGGGCUCAGUGCAGGAGGACGCCAUGUCGCUGUAUUACGUGCCCUUCUGCCGCGUGUGGCAGCGCGCUGGAGUGAAGCAGCCCGAGAAGAUCGUCAAGCAGGGGGGAGGGCAGCAGGGGGGAGGGCAGCAGCUGGAAAUGAGGAGAGUGAUAUGGUGGGGGUGGGUGAAGGGUGCUGGGAGUGAGUUUGGGGAGGUGGGGUGGGAGCGAGGCAUGGAUGACGACGGGGUUAGAGGAGGUGGAGCAUGUGGUGCAGCAGCACCUCAUGCGGGGGGGAAGAGUGUGAGGAGGCGCGUAGCGUCACGCGGUGCAGAGGCACCUCAUGUCCCAAGCAACUAUCUUUUCCAUCUGGCCCUUCUUCUCCCCACUAUACCCCCCUUUGUUAGGUCUACCUGUGAGCCGUGGAUGAUGACGGGAUUGGAGGAGGUGGAGCACUUGGUGCAGCAGCAAGCAUUCCCCUCACCCACUCUCUCCAAUGCCUCCGAUCCCAACCCUCCCCGCCUCCCCCCCCAUCAGAUCUGUGAGCCGUGGAUGAUGACGGGACUGGAAAAGGUGGAGCACGUGGUGCAGCGCCACCUCAACAGCAAGCAGCUCCUCGUGGAGGCCUCUGAUUGGCUGCUGCUCUCCUGCGACCCGCGCUUCGACCUGCACCUGGGGGGAACAAGGAGCUGGGCGGGAGCGGAGGGGGAGGGGGAGGGGGAGGGGGAGGGGGCGGGGGCGGGGGCGGCGGAGGAUGAGGAAGGGAGGGGAGGGAAGGAGGCGAAGGGAGGGCAAGCGGAGGCGGGGAGGGGAGGAGGGGGUGCGGUGGAGGAGGAGAGAGGGGAGGCAGGGGAGGGGGAGGACGAGGAGGAGAGGAAGCUGAGGGCGUUUAUAGAGUGGGUGCAGCAGAGAGGCAUCAAGGAGUAUGGCACAGAUGACUCCCCUCUCAAGGGAAACGACCUGCAGGAGGGGGAGGUGCUGCUGCUCACUCCCCCCCUCCUGUCGUUCCCGCAUAUCUCUGGCUAUCUCUGGCCAUCUAUCUACCUCUCUGCCUGCCUGCUCCUUCAUACCUGCCAGGCGGAUGGGUGCCACAUGAGCAUGGUUGCAGGGAGCGAGAGGGCCUGCAGGGGGGGAAGGCGCUGCCAACUCCGGAUCACGGUCGUGCCUGCUUAUCUAUUCCUUUUGAGGCGCCUCAAAAGUCGCUGCCGACUCCGGAUUACGGUCGUGCCUGCUUAUCUAUUCCUUGCAUUCCUUCUGCUCUUUAUGUCUGCCUCUCUGUCUCCUGUCAUACCUGUUAGGCGGCAGAUGAGCAUGGUGGCGGGGAGGGACGUGCAGGCAGCAGGAGGGGGAGGCGCCAGCCAGAUGAGCAUGGUGGCGGGGAGGGACGUGCAGGCAGCAGGAGGGCGAGGUGGCGCAAGCUGGCGCCAGAUGAGCAUGGUGGCAGGGAGGGACGUGCAGGAGGGGGAGGUGCUGCUGACCAUUCCGCAGUCGCUGUGGAUCACAGCAGAGGUCGCAGCAGAGGAGAUGCCGCCGCACACAGGCCCGGUGAAUAUCCAGGUGGCCAUGGUGGCGUGGCUGCUGCGGGAGAAGGCGAGGGGGAGGCAGUCAGAGUGGUGGCCAUACAUAGACAUCCUGCCUCCCUACGUGCCACUGCCCCACCGCUUUCGCAACGACUCCCUGGACGAGGCUCAGUCCGACCUCCUCAAGCUACUGGUCCACCAGCAGAGAGAGGUGGCCCUUAUGGAGUACAAGCAGGUGCGCCCGCCCGCCAUGGCGUUUGCAUCGUUCGACGACUACAUGUGGGCGCACUCCAUUCUCGACUCUCGCGCCUUCUCCGUGCCCGUCAAAGAGCUCUCCGGCUUGGACCUUGAAGUCGCCACCGCAGGGAAAUCGGGCAGUACGGGAGCGAGGAAAGCAAAGAACGGCAAGCAGGGAGGAGGGAGCGAGGAGAGCAAGGGGAGCGGGGGGAGCGGGGGUGGGGAAGAGGCGGCGAGAGACGGGGGUGAGGGGGACGAGAAGGAGAAGAGGAGGAGGGUGAGGGAGGAGCGGCGGAGGACGAUGGCGAAUGCACCGGGGGAGUUGGUGGAGGCAGUGAACGACGCGGUGGGGGUGCUGCACGAGUCACCCCGCCGUGUGGUGCGCGGCAUGGGUAUGGCGCUCAUCACUGCAGCCGAGCUGCUGGAUCACCAAAUCAACUCCUCCAUUCAGUACAACAUAACGCACCAAUUCGAGUACAUAGCCAUGGUCAAUGUCUCAGCAGGAACGGAGCUCGCCACGUCGUACGGCCCCAAGACGAACGACCAGCUGCUCGCCACCUACGGCUUUGUUCUCGAUGCCAACCCUUUUGACGGUGCGCCUCUCUUCGAGAACCUCACUGAGGCGGUGGGUGUGGUGGCGGCGCUGCUGGCCAAUGGGGGCAAGGCUCUGUACCGCGAUCUGCUGAGGGUGGCAGCCAAGGCAGUAGCAGCGGUGGUGGCGGAGGGGGAGGACGGCAACUACACUGAGGUACUCAAAAUGCCCCAGUAUAACCUCAAGCAGCGCGUGAAUGAGGCCGCGUGGAAGCGAGUGGGCAAGCGCAAGGGGGAGAGGAGAAGGACGGGAGCCUCUGGUAGCAACGGCGGUGGUGGUGCUUCUGCCGCACUCUGCUCAGCUGGCGCUGGGCUCUGUGCUGUACGGCUGGGGCGUGUCUUCCAUCAACAGGUCCUCCCUGCACCUCACCUCCUGCCAAAUUCCCAUCCCCCCCCCCUACGCUCAUCCCUCCUAUCCCCCAACGAAGCCCCACCAGAGCCGCACUAUUCUCAGCUGGCGCUGGGCUCUGUGCUGUACGGCUGGGCGUAUCGGCCAACAGCAGGACCUGUCUGCACCUCUUGCAACCCAACUCGCCUUUCCCCCAUCCCUCCCAUACCCGCCUCCCCCUGUUCCAACCCAGAGCCGCACUAUGCUCAGCUGGCGUGUGCACUACGGCUGGGGCGUGUCUGCCAACAACAGCACCUGCCUGCACCUCUUGCCAAAUUCCCAUCCCCCAUACGCUCCUCCCCCCUAUCCCCCAACGAAGCCCCACCAGAGCCCCACUAUUCUCAGCUGGCACUGGGCUCUGUGCUGUACGGCUGGUGGGGUGUGUCUUCUAACCGACCUCCCUGCACCUCCUGCAACCCAGCUCUCCCCCCCAUUCCUCUUCCCCAUCCCUUACCCCCACCCCUUUCACCUAUCACUUUUCCCACCAGAGCCCCACUAUUCUCAGCUGGCGCUGGGCUCUGUGCUGUACGGCUGGGGCGUCUCUUCCAACAACAGGUCCUCCUGGCACCUCCUGCCACCCAACUCGCCUUUGUCCUUCCCCAUCCUCUCCUCCCACUUUCCCCACCAGAGCCCAACUGCACUCAACUAGCGCUGGGCUCUGUGCUGUACGGCUGGGGCAUAUUUGCCAACAACUUGGCGCUGGGCUCUGUGCUAUACGGCUGGGGCGUUUCUUCCAACAACAGGACAUGCCUGCACCUCCUGCCAAACUACUCCACCCUAAUGCCGGCCGUGGUCGCUGCGGCCGACACCAUUCGUCUUCUAGCGGAGUACCGGCUGGCUCGGUACCCCACCACCAUGGAAGAGGACGAUGCUGUGCUUCGGAAGCUACAGUCCUGCCAAGCCUGGGGCAAAGGCUCGGCGGAAGGCUCGGCAGGAGAAGAAACAGCUGGGACAGGCUUAUCUGGGGAGGGUUCGAAACCCGGCAAGGAGGAGGGGAGGGAGAAAAGGGAGGAUAGAGAGGUCGAGGAAAAGGGAAAGGGGGAGACGGAGGACAAAGAAGAGGACAGAGAAGAGGCCAAAGAGGCGAGGGAAAGGGAGGAGUUUCGUGCGUGGUGUGAGCCAAUCUUGGCGGUGGUGGAGGAGAGGAUGGUGCUGGUGAGGUACCGCCGGCACAAGAAGAAGGUGUUGCAAUCUGUCGCCUCCCGCCUCCACCGCACCUGCGUGCUCCCCUCCCUCACUGUUGCUCGCGCCCCUGCCCCGGGUGCUCGUGGUUUGGACCACUCUGGUUCGGCCGAGGCUGGUUUGGCUAGUGCUGUGAGCAGUGAGGAUUCUUCUCUGCCUAGUUCCGAUAGUGAUCAGGCUGGAGUUAGUGCAAAUGCGAUCCAGGAAAAGUAG